UGGCAACAUGAUGCAGUGUAGGGUUAACAGUUCUCUCUCUGAGGAUGGAUCGACAAACAAAAGCUGCAAAGAAGCCUUAUGUAUUAUAGAUAAGAUUUUAAAAAACAAAAUAAAAAUUGAUGCCAAGGAAUCAGAAAGGAGUAGCAACAUUGUAACCGACUUUCUAAAGGAUAUAACACCAGCCUUUAAAAAGGAUGCUGUGUUUCGUAGUAUGUACUUUAGAGAUUACAAAACAGGGAGUUCAUAUAAUGAACUAAGGAUUUCAAAUGCAUCUGAAUAUGAUAUUGAGAUUGUUUUCAGAGCUCCAGCACAAAUACAUUUAGAGGUUGAAUUUUUCCCAGAGACAAUGACAUUUGCAAAAUUGAAGUGGAAUAAAAUCGGCGAUUUUCCUCCAAAUAAGUUGGAUAUUUUGCAUUUUUUCGAAAAAAACUCAGAAAAUGGAUAUCUUAAGCCAUUAAAAAUAUCUGCAUGGUUUCAAGGUCUUAUUGAUGUGUAUUUAAAAAGUAAUCCCAUGAUUCCAGGUAUUAAGAAGAUGCGAAACUCUCAGAGUGGUCCUGCGAGAACAAUAGAGAUUGAAACUGUUGAAGGUUACCAGCUUAGCAUUGACUUGCUACCUGCAUUCACAUUCUCAUUUGAUUCUUUAAUAGGGACAAAGAUAAAUAAUAUAUUAGAAAAAUAUCCUGUUGAUAAAUCUAAAAAAUUUUGGUUUCUGGUGCCAAAAAUUUGUAAAGGUGAAGUUCCGCUUUUAGCUUCUCAGUGUGAUUUCUCCUGGAGAGUAGAUUUUCCUGAAGUAGAAAGAAAAGUUCUAUUCAAUAAACUAUCUGCAAAAAAUGUUGUUAAACUUCUGAAGCUUUUGCGUGACAUAGAAAAUUGGAAUAUUGCCUCUUAUCACUUGAAAACUUUAAUCCUUUGGGCAAUUGAUGCAAAUCCAAAAACUGACUAUUGGCAGGGGAGUUAUUUAUUUGAUAGAUAUUUAGAGACAAUGACUUUUCUACAAAAAUGCCUGGAAAAACAAUUCUUACCAUAUUUUAUGGAUGACUCCUACAACCUUUUUCAUGUAUUGAAUAAAGAUGAAUGCAAAAAUGUGAGCAAUCGUCUUAAACACCUUAUUGGACUCAUCAAGUCAGAUUAUAAUAACUUAAAUGUUAUUUAUAAAUGAAACUCAAUGGCAAUUUUUUUUAUUUAAUGCAAAAUAGUUGAAAUUUUUCAAGAGUUUAACAAAUAAUUAAAAUAACUGCAUUUCUUUUAAUGAGGAUAAAUGUUAAAAUAUCUUAUUCUAAAUUAUUUAUGAUUAUUAAUAUGGAAAAUAAGAGAAACUUUUAAACUAUUUAAAAUAUUAUUUAAUCUAUUAAAACAUUAUCUAAUAUUUUUUGCUACUUUACUCUUAAGAAUUGAAUAAAUGUAGAUACUGUUGAAAUUGAAAAAAGUUGUGAUAUGUGAUCCUCUCAAAUGGGAUCAUUUUCCAUUGUUUCAAAGCUUUAAUUUUAUCUGUGUUUUUAGUAGAAUUGAAAAAAAGAAAUUCUGUCAUUAUUGAAUGUUUUUAAUAAUUGUAAUUUUAAAAUCGUUUUGUUAUAUACUUUUAAAACUAUUUUUGUGAAUUUCAUUAUAAUUAUUUUAAAAUGCUAUAUGCCAUUUAUAAUUUCAUAUAUAAAAGACGUAAGCACCAAUCAUGGUCCAGUGCUAUUUUCUAAACUUUCCCUGUAGCCAAACGGAUUUAGAAUUUGAAGCUUUUCUAGAAUUUUGAUGUAAAUAUUAUAUUUCUUAUACACUGAUUGAGAGACUAACUGAAAAUCAUCUUGAUAGAUUUUGGUCAGAAUUUUAAAGAAAUCUAAAAAUUUUGUGUAAAUAGUUUCACCAUAAUCUGGCUUUUAAGAGUGAAGAAUCCUUUAAAUAAUGCAAAGUAUUAAAUUUUUUUUUGAGUCAAUCAAUGAACUUCUGAAAGAUUUCUGACUUUUUGAAUUUUUAUACAAUUCUAAAGUUCUGUUAGUCAUAUUUGGUAAAUUAUUCUUAGUGCACUAACAUUUUAAAGAAAAGUAGUUUCAAACUUCCUAGCACAUCUUUAAAUGUUAUUAUUUAGAUCAUUUCAAUGAUUUUUUUGAGGAAGAUCCCUUGUUUCUCAGGAAAGCUGUCUUUGAUUGGUCUAGUAAUAAAAUUCAAAGCUUGUUUUUUCUUUCUGUUUUAGUCUCGUAAUGGUGGAUUUUUUCUUCUCGUCUAAAAUGUUAAUGUAACAGGAAUAUUUUGCUAAAUGCAAUUAAAAGUAUAUAGAGACUGUAUAAAAAAUACUUUAAUUUUUCAAGCAGUUCAUUUAUUGAUUAUUUAUAGUAAUUCAUUUACAUAUAUACAAAUUAUGCCAUUUCCAUCAUUUUUCUAUUUGGAAAUAUAUGUAGGUCUCUAAAUCUAUGUAUGUCUAAAAAUAAUCUAUUGGGCUACAAUUAAAAUGUAUAUGUGGUUUGUUGAAAGUACUUUUAUAAAAUAAAAAAUAAAAGUAAAUUAAUUUACUUAAUAAAUUUUUUAAUUAUUUAAUUUUAAAAAAUUAAUUUAAAAGUAAAUUAAUUUUAGAAAUUUACUUUUAUAAAAAAAAUAAAAAUGUUUUAUAAGUAUAAUUCAAAUAUUUAAAAAAAUAUUUGAAUUUCAUUUUUACAUUCUCAUACAUAUAGUUAAAGUAUAUUAAUGGUCAAAAUGUUCAAACUGAGGAUUUUGACAAAUCUUCACAUUUUAUAUUUCCCCGAGUACAAAAAAACACAUUUUUGAAAAAAGUGUAUUUGUGUAUGACAAAAAUAACUCAAACGCCUUGAGCUGGAUGAUUGAAAUUUGGUAUGUGGUCUUAACAUCAAAUUUUCAGAUUUCUAUCAAAUUUUGUGUGCAAUCUGUUCUGAGGAAAUAUAUCUGUCCAGCUGUUCAAAUAUAAGCCAACACAGUAAUUGCAAAAUGAAGAGAGUUAGAUAAAAUUUGGUACCCAGAUUUAACAUCUAUAAUGUAGACACCUGCCAAAUUUUGAGCCAAAUCCAAAGACAGGUUGAAUGUCUGUUGGUCUGUACUUUCAGAUACAUAUAAAUGAGAAUUCAAAAACUCAAUGACUUAAAUAUAUCAAAUUUGGUAUGGGAUUUUAUGAUUAAAAGUGCAGUUUUGUGUCAAAUUUUUGUUUAGCCAGUUGAGAAAAACUUGUCUUAAACACAAAUUCUAUUUUUGAAUACUAUUAAUUGCAUGCCAAGGAUUAAUUGUCGAAGAACUCAUCGUGGAUAUCAUGAUAGAUUUAGUAAAAAUGCUGCAUUCACGCCAAAAGUUAAUAUUUCGUAACUAUUGUAUGUCAAUGCCAUGUAAGACAGUCUCUGCUAGACAAGUUUAUUAGAGAGAAAGCAAAAAAGUUUUGAGGGAAUCACUCCUGCUGGUAUGAUAUAUGAUUUAUUUGUAAGUCUUUUGUGAGCUGUUUAAAAACUGAUUACUUAAAGAAAUUUGUAUUCAGCUAAUAAAUUCACAUUAAAAUAUAUUAAAAUUUGACAUUUUAUAGUAUUAGGUGCUGAACUUUGUUACUAAAUGGAAUGAUUUUUGUGAAUUGCCUUAAGAUUUAAAGGUGUAAGAAUAUUGGCAAAGACCUGAAGAAGGAUAUUUGAUUCGCAUAAGUAUUCAUAUAAGAUUUAAGAUUUACUAGCUUAUUCUUACUUACAAAUCAGCUCUUUGAUUUAAUAGGGCCACUUAAUAUAACAGAUUUCUGUGGUCCUGAAUUUGUGACCCUUUUUAUUUCCAGGCUCUUGUGAUAACUAUUGUGUUGGCUAUAAAUAUAUUGAUUUAUAGCUUGCAGAUUGUCCUCAUAUUAUAUGUGACAAGACAUUCAUUUAGUAAUUUGAUGUAUUGAUUAUUUAUAAAAGUGGAUGUAGCACUUUAUUAACUGAUACAUGGUUUAGUUAUAUCUUUGUAGCAAUAAAUGAAAUGAUUACUUAUGUCUAAAUACUUGUGGUUCUACUAUAAUUACUGAGAAAGAUUGUACAGUUUUCUGAAGUUUUUAUUACUUUGUGGAAAAAAAAUGACAUUAAUGAUUAUUGAAUUUUACUUUUCAUUUUGAUUUAGGAUUCUAUAAUAUUUUGUUAUCUAAUUUGGUGUUUUGAAUAGUAUACUUUUCUUUUUUAUUCUCUUUAAUUAAAAUUAAUUUUGUUAUAUACUUAAAGGAUUCUGUAUUAUAUGUUCUGUUAUCAGUUUGCAUUGUAUGUGUUUCCAGUCAUUGUAUUUUUAACAUCUGGAUAUGUAUAUGUUUUAAGCACAAAAUUUAAAUUGUUGUCUUAAUAAUUUUUGCUAUGAAUUUACUUAAUUUGUAGCAGAAAUUUUUAAGACAAGCCUCCUCCCCCCCCCCACUUUAAACAAGGGUUAUGCACGCAAGUGGGUGAGUGUCGUCUUCGUAUGAGUUAGAAGUCAGACUUCUGCCCUCGGGUGCUCAGAGACCUUUACUCUCAGAAGUUACUGCACAAACUCAGCUUUAAACGCUGACUUCAUCAGCGGGCUUGUCUAUGACAAGAGCCAUAAGUAACAACAACAUGAUUUUUGCAGUCUGUUAUUUGAAAGUAUGGUUUUUAAAGUACUAUUAUUGAAUAAUGUGGUAUUAAUCAAAUAAAAAAACUUCCUAGUACAUUAUUGAAAAUUUUUAUAUUUGAAUUUUAAAACUCUCUUCUUAUACUUGUUCAAUGACUGAGGGUGAAUGUGAUGACGAAUUUAAGCCAAAAUUUUAUGCAUAACUUGAAAUUUGUCAUUGUAUGCCAUAGUCUUAUGCAAGUAAACAUUUAUUUCCAAAUAGAAAAUGCACUAAGAAAUUUAAAGUUUAUUUAAAUUAUUUGAUUAAAAUCAAUAUGCUUCUGAAAAAAUUGUCUAAAUUUGUAUAUGGUCUGUUGUUUUAUUAGUCAUGUUAACAAAAUAUUUUUGAAACACUAGUAUUUGAAAUAAAGUUUUAAAUUUUUGUGUUUAUAACUGACUUUGUAAUAAAUAUCGAUAUUUUAGAUGAUUUUAAUGAUCAUCUUGAAGAAGAUAUGCUGAUCAAUGUAUAGCAUUUCCUGAAAACUGCCCUUGAUUGGCAUAAAAUAAGGAAAUUCAAAGCUUCAUAACUCUUAAAUGUUUGGUCACUAAAGCUUGAAAUUUUUAACUCAUUUUGAAAUCUUGACCCAAAUAGCAUAAAAUAUAAUGUUUUAUAGUAUUUAAAGCUUUCUCAAUUGAAAAUAUAUAUCUAAUUCUAAUGGCUUGAUCACAAUUAAAGUGGACUUCCUGUAUAUUGAAAUUACCUUUCUCAGAAUAGUAAAUGAUUUAAAUUCCAUUCUUUGGUAUGUAAUUUAUUCCUACAGAUUUGUUAUUUUUUGUGAAAUCUAAUAAUUGAAUAAAUUUGCAUCCGUCUUAUAUAUUCACUUGAAUAUUUUGAGGUUUGACAUUUUAUUAUUGUGAUCAGUAUACUCAGAUUGGUAAUAAGUAAUGGAUUGGGAUUUUUCAAGAGAAUGAGUGAUCCUCUGAUCCUGAAGUUGUGAUUUUUAUCUUCAUGCCACUGCAGUGACUGCUAUGUAGCUGGACUAGAAAGGAUAUUAACUUUAUAUUAUAAGGUUGUGAGUGUGUUAUAACUUGACAGAAGACAUUCAUCAAUUUCAGUCUCGGAAUUUAUCAAAUGUAAUUGAAAAUAUUACCACGUGAAUUGUUUAGUAACUGAAAUGUAAUGUAAUUUUGUUAUGGUGGAUAUGAUUUAUUGUUAUAAUUUCUGCUUCAGUACUAUAUAAUAAUAUGACGAAGGGAGUAAAAUUUAAUUCACAGAAUUGUGUUGGAUGUUAAAGUAUAUUCUUCUGUUCUGAGUUGACAUUUUUAAGAUGCUUUUUUUUUUCUUUCAAAUUCAAAAUUUACUUUUCACCUCAAAUAUAAAUUAACCUUUACUAUGCAGUAGAUAUGAGGAUUUUAAUUUAUAUUCAAUUUUAGUUUAGCAUUAUAGUUUCUUAAAUUUCAAACUUAGUGUUUCUAAUCUUAUGUAUUGUUAUACAUUGUUUUGCCCUUUUGUCCUGAAUUGUAAUUACUUUUGUUUUAUAAUUAAUAAUUCUUUAUUCUGUUUCUUUGACCAGUUAUUGAUAUAUAUCUUUUAUUAAGUGUUAUUCAUAUUUUUGUAAACUCUUUGACAAUUUUUGAUGUUUUGAAAUGUGAAAAGCAAAACAAACUUUACUUAAAUUGCCUACUUAUUUUAAUUGAUUUUAAAGUAAACUUAACUAGAAAAUUUAUUAAUUUAACAAACUCUUCUUGGAACAAACAUCUGAAGGUACCUUUUUGUUUUGAAAGAAAAUAUUUUUAAAUACUUGAAUGAAAAUAAUGUUUGUUCAAGUAGAAAAAGAAUCUCAUAUAUUGGAUUAAAUCAUUUCAUGCUUUGAAACUUUUCUUUAAGUAAUGUAAUUGUCAAUCCUUUUUGCAAAAUUGUAGUUUUCUUCAUUAUCUUAUUGAUAUGUAUAUUUAUUAUAUUAAUUAUUGAAAAUUAUACUUGUGGUUUCCUUGUUUGCAAAAUAUUUUAGUUAUUGUCAAAUAGAUUAUUAGAAUUUUUUUCACAACUUAAGCAUUAGCAUACUAUCUUUGAACUGUGACAUGUGUGAUGCAAGAAUCAUUCUAAAUACUAUGCAGUUCAUAUCAUUGGACUUAGUGCUAUAAAAUUUGACUUGUAAUUACUUUUGAUUUGCAACAGCUCACUAAGAAAGGACUUGGCAAAAUUUAAAAUAAAAAUUUUUAUAUUUUUCCUCUGUAACCUCGCCCCAUCUUAUUGCUUAAAAGUAAUUUUUGCAUCACUUUCAAAUUCCCCAAAUAAGUUUUUCAGUGUUACUAAUUUUAUUACAAUUUUUCUUUAAUAAUACAAUACCUAAUACUUUAUUAUAAUAUCUUUAAUAAUAAUGGGGAUUCAUGAAAAUCUCAUGGUUGGAUAUUUUCUCUUGGUAUAUCUUGAGUACAAAAUAGUAAAAAAAUAUUGCACAUUUGCCUUAGGCACUACAGCAUCAUUCACUUAGAUGAAUUCAUUUUGAAACUUCAUAAUCUUAACUUUUUUUCUCUUUUGCAUAUGAAGUUUAGAGAAAGUAUUGUAAUCAUCGAAAAAUCUGAACUUCAUUUUUUUAUGAAUGCCCGUGUUUUAGACUUCCCUGAGUUUGGAAAGACACAUUUUUGGAAUAUGUCUGUCUGUCUGUGCCAUAGAUAACUCUAAAUGCUCUGAAUUAGAUGGAUGAAAAUUGAUAUAUGGUCAUUAUACACAAUUUGUAGAUUUCUAUCAAAUUUUGAGCAAAAUUGAUUCAGAGGCAGUCUUUCGAAAAUAAGUUAAUACAAACAAAGUUAGCUUGAUAGACAAAAUUUGGCACAGAAUUUUACGAUUUAUAUCAUAGACAUCUAUCAAAUUUUGAGCCAAAUCCAUUGAGAGUUUGAACAUUUGUCGUGCAGAUUAAACUUUUGAUGUCUGUUCCUUCAAAAGCUUGCAAAUGUGAUAACUCGAAAACGCAAUGACUUAAAUAUGUCAUAUUUGGUGUGGGAUUUUGUGGCUAUAAAUGUAGUUUUGUGUAAAAUUGUUUGUUUCAAUUGGUUGGGGUGAACGCAUUCUAAAACACAAAUUGAUUUUCGUAUACUAUUACCAACAUGCCAGGAAUUAAUUGCCAAAAAACUCAUCAAGAAUCAUGAUAAAUUCAGUAAAAAUCCAAGAUUCACCCCAAAGGUUUCGUAACUUUUGUACUCCAAUGCCAUAUAAGGCAUUCUUUUUCUUACUGAAGGUGCAGAAGAUUUUUUUGGGGGCCAGGGGGAUAUAUUCAGGGAUAUGCUUGAAAGAUUUGGGAAAAACACUCCCACUGGUAUAGAGCAGAUCUGGUGAUUCUGAGCUGUAAUCCAAUUUUAAUGUGUAAAUUGGCAUAAAAUUCUAUUAAUUUGAUUUAAAUUUUGAAAAAUUAAUAUUUAUUUGGUGUUUUCUUAAUUUUAUCAUUUAAUCAUUUCAAAUAAAUUAUUUAUGUGAUUAUUUAAAUUUAUAUUUUAAGCAAUUCAAACUAAUUGUAAAUUCAUUUCUAAUGAUAUAAGCUGGUUUUUCAGCUGCUGCUAAAAUCAUGUCGUGAUUGUUUUAUAUAUAUAUAUAUAUAUAUAUAUGUGUGUGUGUGUGUGUGUGUGUUCUACAUAGGGGAAAGUAAAUUUGUGCACUAUUUAUUUAUGUAAAAGUGUUUUGUCUGUUUCAUUUCGAUGUAUUCAUUUUUAUUGUCUGUUUAACAAUUAUAAAUUUGUUGUUUUUGACAAUGUGAAUUUGAAAUAAGCACCUUUUUUUUACUUACAUGAGUCAUUUUAAUAGGGAUCUAUAUUUCCAUAACACUAAUUAAAUUAAUAACUAUAAAACAACUUUUGAAUGAAAAAUUAUUGUAUUGGAAUAUAUUCUUAUGCUUAUAGUUUGUGUUUACAAAAAUGGAAUAAUUCAGAAUUUGAACAAAAUAGUUGAAAUGUAAAUAAAUGUAGAUUGCAAAGAUUUUUUUUGAGUUUAAACUUUAGACCUUUUAAAUGGUUAUGCUGCAAUAAUGGAGUUUUAAACAAUGUAUAUGUUAUUUUUAUACAGAAAUAUUCUUUAAAUUAAAAAAAAAAUUUAAUAGUUAAAAUUCUUUAAAUUUAAUCUCACUUUUUUUCAAAACUUAUCUAUUUAAACUGAAAACCAAUUUAGAAUUAGUGUUUAGUAAUUUAAGACAUUUUAUGCAAAAAUAGCAAUACUAUAGUAUUUUUUAAUAAUUAAUAAAACUGGAAUUCACAUUGUAUGUAGUUUUUAUAUAAUUAAAUUUUUCUAAUACAUGUUUCUAAAUUGAAUUUUUUAUGGAUUUGUAAUUAAUUCAAUGUAAAGUUAAAUUGCUUAUGUAAUGCUAUUUGUAUGCAUUUACCUGGUGAUGUAAAUAAUGUCUUUGUAAAUUUGAAUGAAUUGUUCCAUAACCAAUCUCAAGCGCUGUUGCAGCAACGCCAUCUACAACUUCUAGUGUAAUGUGUGAGCAACAUGGUGUAUACAGUCCUUGAGGAUGAGUUUGUGAUUAAUUUUCCAUCUUAAAUCAUGAAUGUUGAUAAAUUGUUGUGGACGUCCUGAUUUUUUAAAUUUAUAAAGAAUUUAUUGAUUCAAUUUCUGUGAAAUUUUAAAUUUGUUGUGUUUUUGAGAUUUAUUUUCUUAAUAAAAUUUCAUUGGUGUUUUCUUA